ACCUGUUGUUCAUCCUUUUGUAUUUUAUUAAGAAAAUACACCAUAUGGACUUUGCAUUGGGGAUUCGUUGCGCCGCUUUAUAGUUUUUUUUUAUUAGCUUUUUUAAAAGUUGAAUCAUGUUGAAAAAUAACGGGAAGAAGACAGCUGUCUCUGUCGCCAGCACGGCAUGCCUCUGCCUGCUGCUGCUGCUGCUGCUGGCUGUGCAGCAUCACCGGGUCCAGGUGGUGGAGGAGGAGGCGAACGGAGAGGACGCCGGCACGCGCUCUCUUCUCCAAGAUGCGGCGCAUGAAGAGGAGCAGGACGCACAAGUCAAGAAAGGAUUCUCUGCGUACUUCACCAAACUGACCCGGGGCCGGAGGGAGGUGGAGAAGCCCGCGCGCUCCUCCGCGUCCGCCGCUGAGCCGCCUCCAGCUGAGGACAUCAGCGCUGAUGACAUCUUCCUCGCUGUGAAGACCACCAAGAAGUUCCAUCAGUCCAGACUGACUCUGCUCCUGGACACGUGGAUCUCAAGAAACAUGCAACAGACGUACAUCUUCACAGAUGGAGAGGACGAGGAGCUUAAAAAGAGGAUUGGGAGUCACGCGAUCAACACCAACUGCUCUGCAGCUCACAGCCGACAAGCCUUGUCCUGCAAGAUGGCCGUGGAAUAUGACAAGUUCAUAGAGUCGGGGAAAAAGUGGUUCUGUCACGUCGAUGACGACAACUAUGUGAAUGUUCGGACUCUGGUGAAGCACCUGUCGCAGUACCCCCACACCCAGGACAUGUACAUCGGUAAACCCAGCCUGGACCGGCCCAUCGAGGCCACAGAGAGGCUGGGGGACAAUAAGAUGAAACCAGUCAACUUCUGGUUUGCUACUGGAGGAGCGGGCUUCUGUGUGAGCCGCGGUCUGGCACUGAAGAUGAGCCCGUGGGCGAGCGGCGGUCACUUCAUGAACACAGCGGAGAAGAUUCGCCUGCCCGACGACUGCACCGUAGGCUACAUCAUCGAGUCGGUUCUGGGGGUUCCCUUGACCCGCAGCAACCUGUUUCACUCCCACCUGGAGAACCUGCAACAAGUGUCCAGAUCUGAGAUACACAAGCAGAUCACCCUCAGUUAUGGGAUGUUUGAAAACAAGAGUAACAUCAUCAGUAUGAAAGGGGCUUUUCCUGUGGAGGAGGAUCCAUCAAGGUUCAAGUCUGUGCACUGUCUCCUGUACCCAGACACCCCUUGGUGUCCCCCUCAGGUUGCCUUUUAGGGCGACCGCUCCUUUCUCAUCCUCGUCCCCGCCGUGCCUCGGUAUCUGAAAGGCUCGUGGGGACCAGUGUUUGGUAUUAGACCGCACGGCUGCCGUAUUGUUGCGGCAGGUGUGUGCGGUCUUUAAUAGUUUUUACUGGGCUGCUGUGCGGCCCGCCUCGAGACUAUUCCUUCCUGUCCAAGAGCCAGGACCUCGCCCCAUAAUGUUCCGGCGCAGGACCCCGGCUCUCGACGGGAAGUGGCUUUCAGCGUUAAGCUUUGCAGGCAAUCAGUUGAGCUUUGUGAUGUAUAUGUUGCUUGUAAAUGUAUCUGCAAUUCUCAUAGAAUGUAUUGUCAUAUAUUCAAGCCUUUUUGCCAGCUUCUCAUUAACAUUGUUUUGCUUUUAGCUUUUAAAAAUGCAAAGCCGUGCAGCUCUUUGUUCGCAGGCUUCGCAUAUAAUUGGCUUUUUCAGGCAUUUUGUGUUUAUCUCUUUUAUCUGCGAUGACUCCGGACAAACGCUCUAAUAUGAAGAUAUUUGUGCUUUUAAGUUAACAGUGUUAUUUCUCCCGUAAACUAAGUGGGGCGACCUAAUCUGAGGUAUAUCAGGACAAAGCACUUUUCCCUUUUUUGAUAUGUUUUGGUAACCUAACUGACGUCCUUUUAAUGACAUGCCUCAGAUUUAUGUCCAAACUAAAGAGAAAUAACCCCUCAAAACCUCCAUCUGUUCAUUCUUAUGUAUUUAAAAACACUCCUUGUUACAAUCGAGGGCGAAUGAAUGAGCGGAGGAGAUUUUGAUUUGGGGUUACAAUCAGCUUUUGAGUUGCUUUGGAAAGUUUAUUUUGUUGUUUAAAAAUUGCACAGCUGAGUUUCAAAUGAGCUCAUGUUUGCUCCUGAAAAGACGCUCGCCUCUAAAGGUUCAACAGUAAAGAAUUACAAGUGACUUUUAGCUCAGAUUAACCCAAAAUCACAUUGAAAUAAUCUAAAUAAUGACCUCGUGUGUAAUCUGAGCUACAGUCUAUAACAGUUUGCACAAAAGACUGAAGAGCUUCUGUUGUUAUUCACAUUAAUGUUCUUUAUUUACACAUAAUAUUGGUUACUGUUGAGGCCUGCGAGGGGACGACUUUACAGAAGCAACACGAGUGUUUCCACAUGGAGGUGUUCCCUCUGUGUCGUCUCUCACCCAUAUUGGGUUACAUUGUACAUUUUGAUUACAGUAUUGUGUACUGUUUGAAUUAGUAGUGAUUUGUAGAAUGUAAUUUCCCCUUUUUUGUGGUUUACAUGAUGCUUUGUAAUGACCCGGACAUGACUUUUGUACUUGCUUUGUGCUAAAUGAAUGUGGUGUUAAUUCUCCAGUAUCUGGAGGGUUCCAACGGUUCAUUCCCAAUACUGGCUUCUCAGGGAUGAUGAGCUGAUCCUGGUAUUCACUACCACGGGACCCACAGUGGGACCGAAAACUUUGAAUAAAAGUGUAUAACCACUGAGAA